GUGAGGCCAGCAUCUUCGUUCAGACGAUCUGUGCUUGCGCUGCAAAAUAAACUUCGGUCUAGCAGCAUAAUUUUUCUGCUAUACAGAGUAAGUCAGAUGCACCUGCGACUAGGACCAUGACCUCUGCACCUCUGCUCAAGUCAUCCCGGUCUCAAAGUUUUUUUUCGAGGUGCAUAUUGUAUUCGACAGAAAGAGUGACGUAUCGACAUUUCUGCGCGCUACUGUUGACAUUAUGUUUCUGCGACUGUAGGAUUUUCGUCACAUCUCAUUGGAUGGCUUGUGCGUCUCGGACCCUGGCCGUUGGAGCAGUAAACUUGGUGUUUACGACCAUGGGCGUUGCGUUUCCUGUCCAAGCCGUUCCUGGCUGAUCGGGUUGCACCUCACCAAGGUUUGCUCCAGAACCCCUGUAUCAUGCCCUAGGGUUAAGGAGGAUCUGCGUAAUUAGCA